AGGAAAUUGGUUGGAAAGGGCAGCAAUAGGGAGAGGGAGGGAGAAAGUAAAAAAAAAAAGAAGGGAGGGAGGGAGAGAUGGAGAAAGAGAGCGUGGAAAAGGAGAGUGAAGGAUGGAGGAAGGAAGGUAGAGGUGGAGGAAGAGAUGGAAGGAGGAAUGGAGAGAGUGAAGGAGAGAGCGAAAGAUGAAGGCAGAGAGAGAGAGGUAGGGAAAGACAGGGAGUGAAGGAUGGAGGGAGAGAGGUAGAGAGAGGGAGAGUUUGGGGAAGGGAGGAAGAGAAGGAGAGAAAGACCGGAAAACAGUGGCGUAGCAAGGUACGCAUGGGCCCGGGUUCAGGAAUAUGUUGAUGGGUCCCCCUCCCCCAUAAAACAAAUUUAGUGUGUGACAAAAUCUAAAAGUCUGUAUCUAUCAGUACAUUUACCAAAAGACAUUCCAAUGCAAGUAAGUAAUAAUGUCAUUUUGUUUGAUCAGCUAUUAUUCCGUACAACUAAUAGCGUCAUAAAAUCCAACUAAUUAAAUGUUUUAGUAGUUAUUUUUUCACAUUAUACAAAUUUACAUUCGAAAAACACAGCUUUGAUAAAACUAUAAUCUAGUACUAUGUCUAUCAGUUAACAGUAAUUAGGUUCAACAUUUAUUUACUAGAAUUUCAGUAUUCUUGCCUUUUUUGCAAGUUUAAUAGAAAGAAGAGCAUGUGAAGCCUACCUGAUCUGUCUUAAGAAUGACCGCUCUGCUGAACAACUGUUACACUACAGGCAAAAUAACUGGGGAUUAACGACUGCAACAUGUUAACAAUUUUUUUUAAUGAAAUCUGUAAUUGAUAAACAACGACCGCGAUAGUUCAGUAAAAUACAUUGAUUUUGAAACUCAUCUCUGCAUCUUGAAUUUUCUCCUCACACAAGUCAGUGGUAAGCUCAUCACUUUUGUCUUUGAACUUUCCCCCAAUCUCUUGGAGCGAAAAACUGGAUCAACAGCUUAAGAUGGAAUCAAUCCAGCAGCCUCCUUUCUUACACUCUUAAAGCCAGCAUAGAUAGAAUCAAUCCAGCAGCCUCAUUUCUUACACUCUUAAAGCCAGUAUAGAUAGAAUCAAUCCAGCAGCCUCAUUUCUUACACUCUCAAAACCAGUAUAGAUCUUUUCCAGCUGACACAAGACUAUGUUGAUGGGCCCCUUCCCCCAUAAAAUAAAUGUAGUGUGUCUUCUUGCUGCUCAUAUUCCAAUAUUUUUGACACAAAGUUACAAUUUCUCACCAGACAAUAAGCAGAACAAUAACUUGGCAUGUUUUUAAUUUCUCUUACGAUUCUAUGCGUUCUGUUUCCUUUAGGGAACACCAUUCCUUGAUGACCACUAGCAGAGAACAGUUUGUGAGUCUUCUAUAAACUAUGCUUUCCCUAUUGCUCUAUUGGAUUCAGAAGCGGCCAUCUUGAUAUACUGGAAGCAAAAAUACUCAUAAAGUGUUGUACUAAGUAUACAAAUCUCCAACUUCUUGAACACUUGACGGAGCCAGUUAAGACCAAUUUAAGUUGUGGUUAGCGCAGUGAACAAAAUGCGCAAGAUAAUGCAUUUGCUGAAGAAAUGCCUGAAGGCGUAACAUGGCGGCGUGACGUCAUCCCUCCAGAAUGCGGAUGAUGCCAAGGCUGCUGUGGCUGUUGUUCGGUAUGUCAGUGGUGACGAUGUUGUUCAUAGCUCGCUGCGGGAUCAGCAUGGACAGCCAGCAGCACAGCAACCCACACAUGUCCGCCCCAGGCACGCCCGGGGAGAAAGCCCUCAGAGAGGUGAUGCGCAGAAAGGAAGUGGAACAUGUCAGGGACAGGUCUGUGCUGCAGGAAAAGAUCAAAUCUCUUGAGUCUCAGCUGGAGCAGGUUCAGAAUGAGGUCAAGAAUCUUACUGCUGGCCUGCAACAAUCCAAUAAUCCUAAUUUACAAGACAGAGGUCAGGGUUCAAAUCAAAAUCCGGCCAACAUACAGGACGUUUACGUCAAGCCGUCCCUAAAUUCUAAUGGACAUGCCAAUAAUCUUCGUUUCCCUAUAGACGGGCUCAAUCCAGUUCCAUUUCACAGGUCACACGAGAUGGCGAGAGACCCAGAGAUGUUAAUCAGGCAGCAACAAAACUUGGGUGCUCGGUACUUUCCGGAGAGAUACGACUUGAACCAAGGCGCGAGGCCAGCAGACGACGACAGGGGGCAUUACCAAAUGUUAGCGAACAGGGAAGAGAACAUGGGUGUAAUUGACCGGCAUGCCUUAGGUGUUGAAGACAGUAAUAAUAACAAAGGCGAGGUCAGAGGUCAAGCUGGUUCGAACCUUGCGGAACCCGACAAUGUCAAACUUAUGGACAACGCCCUCAAUUUUCAAGGAAAGCAAGUGGGCGAAGGUCAUCUUGGAGCAGUGAAUAUCUCCGGAGCCUUUGAUUACCUCAAGUAUUUCCAGGAGCGUCUAAACCUUGCUGAAAUUCUGAGAGGACAGUCGUAUAAAACUGAAUACGAACUGAUCCCGUUCAACAGGUUUGUCUUCAAUAGGAUCUACAUGGUAGAGCCAGGGCUGGGUAAGCGGGUCGUGGAGAAACCCAUUGGCUCCAAGAAGAGAGAUCUCCACGAGAUUCUGUACCACGCCAUGGAGUCUCUUAACAAGGACAGGUCCGGUAACCACUUCACAUACGACGAUUUCGUGGAAGGCAUUUACAGGACCGAUCCCGCCACGGGGUCUCAAUAUGAGCUGUACUUCGCCAACAGAGACGAGCCCAGCCGGCAGCACUCCUACGUCAAGAUCACAGUCGUUCGCCCCUUCGCCCCGCCGCAGACCGUUCAGCAGCACCUGGUCAACACGGGGCCCGAGUGGAUCAACCUGAUCCUCCCGCUGUCCAAGCGAGUGGAUACGUUUCGUCUCUUCAUGGAGCAGUUCGUCCGGGUGUGCAUCAAGCACGACAAGCGGAUUUAUCUGACCGUGGUCUACUUCGGCUUUGAAGGCCUGACGGACGUCAAGAAUAUUAUGAGUCAGGUGGCUAAGGCCAACAAGUUCAAGCACAUGAAGCUAGUAACGCUAAACGACACCUUCGCCAGAGGUCGCGGGCUUCAAAUCGGCGCCUUAAACUGGAAAGGAGGCGGAGACGUUCUUCUCUUCUUUUGUGAUGUAGAUAUCGUCUUCACGCAUAGCUUUCUAGAACGUUGCAGGUUAAACUCAGAGCGAGGCCAGCGCGUGUACUAUCCAAUCGUCUUUAGUCUCUAUAACCCCAAAAUCGUCUACUCCCUCCAAGACGUGCCUAUGCCUUCGUUUCUGGACCAAUUGGUUCUGUCCAAAGACACGGGGUUCUGGCGAGACUUCGGCUACGGUAUGACCUGCAUGUACCGCUCAGACUUUCUGAAGAUCAAAGGUUUCGAUGAGGAGAUCACGGGCUGGGGAGGAGAGGACGUGUUCCUGUACCAGAAGUUCGUCCGGAGCGACUACUUCGUGGUGCGCGCCACCGACCCAGCCAUCUUUCACCUCUGGCACGAGAAAGUCUGCGAUCCAAAACUGAGCAGCGAGCAGUACCGCAGCUGCAUCCGGUCCAAGGCCCUGAAUGAGGCCUCUCACUCGCAGCUCGGCCUGCUGGCCUUCAAGGAUGAAAUUGACAUCCACCGAGGAGUUGUCGAAGGCAACAGGAUGUUGAAUAACGAAGCCAACAAUGUUCAUAAUGGAAGACCAAAUGGUAGCUAGCAGUCGGAAAUACUCUUAGUAUUAAUUAUUUUAUUUGUAAUAGUCUGUUAAUAAUUCUUAUAAUCAUGAUCUAGUCAAAGAAUUGUUUACAUUUUAAUCUAUAUGAUGUUUUUUUUUUACUUUAUUUAUUCCACAAAAUUUUAACAGUAUUACAUUUUUUUUUAAAACUUCGAUGGCGUCUUAUUUAAAACACCAUCACAUUUUUGUGAAGAUUGCUGUAUUACUUUGAGAAGUAUUAUCAUUGUUAUAGCUAUAUAAGAUAUUUGUUUUAAAUGGGUACUAGACUACUAGACUACAUGAAAUCGACAUUAUUACAAUUAUUUAUAAUAUUAGAAAACAUUUUAAAGUGUAUUACAUCUAUUGAGAGAAGUAUUACAACUGUUUUACUAGUCUUACAUCUAUUGAGAGAAGUAUUACAACUGUUUUACUAGUCUUACAUUGAUUGCGAACUUAACAGUGUAGUACGUUUAUGUAUAGACAUUCAUUAUACUGAUAGUUUAUUCACGGAUGUUUAGUUAUUGAUGCCAGUAUUACUGUACAUAUGGUAUUAGUAGGACUAAUGAACCGUCUUUCGUAAUAAUACCUUAUACAAGCUUAGACCAAGACAUUAUGGGUGCCUGGUCGUUCGGUUUGCGCGCUGGACUGUCGUUUGGAUUUAUCGAUGGUCCCGGGUUCAAACCCCGCCUGCUCCUUUCCCUGUCGUCCUGCGGGAGGUUUGGACAAGGAAGUAAACUAUCUUCAACUCAUAACUAUCUUCAACUCUGAAAGAACAUCCGAAACAUGUAAAACAUUUACAAACAUACGACUUUAUACUAGCGUUGUAGACCAAGAUAGGAGGGCUACAUAGGACCUUAUACUAGCAUUUUAUACUAAGACAGGAGGUCUCAAUACGACUUUAUACUAGCGUUGUAGACCAAGACAGGAGACCUACAUGCAGCCGUAUACUUCCGAUGUAGACCAAGACAGGAGACCUACAUGCAACCGUAUACUACCGAUGUAGACCAAGACCGGAGACCUACAUGCAGCCGUAUACUACCGAUGUAGACUAAGACUGGAGACCUACAUGCAGCCGUAUACUACCGAUGUAGACCAAGACAGGAGACCUACAUGCAGCCGUAUACUACCGAUGUAGACUAAGACAGGAGACCUACAUGCAACCGUAUACUACCGAUGUAGACCAAGACAGGAGACCUACAUGCAACCGUAUACUACCGAUGUAGACCAAGACAGGAGACCUACAUGCAGCCGUAUACUACCGAUGUAGACUAAGACAAGAGGCUUCCAUACGAUUUCACACUAGUGUUGCAGACCAUGGCAGGAGGCCUACAUAGGACCUUAUACUAAGACAGAAGGCCUACAUAGGACCUUAUACUAAGACAGAAGGCCUACAUAGGACCUUAUACUAAGACAGAAGGCCUACUAUAUGUUAGAUGCUGCAAAGUCUUAAAUCAUUAUUUAACGAUAAAAGAUUUUAGAUAUUACUUUACAUUUUUAGGGCCAUUCAAUUAUGAUGCGUUACAGGGGUAAGAUGCAGACGGUUUGUAGCAAGAUGUGAUACCCAAUAAAGAGUGUGACAUUGUUUUUGCAAUGUUGCUUUUACUCAAUUCGUUGUAUUCCGAAUAUCUGGAGAUUUCUAUUCUAUGCUUUUUUGAAUAGUCAUUUUUAUCUAAACUGUGACUAUAAAUUGUCUGUUGGGACAUUGGUCUUUAAGUUUGUAAACCAAAAAUACUAAUUCUAUUGGGUGUCCUUACUUUGCAUUGUCUCGUAUUGUGAUUGAAUUAUCGUGAACUAAUAUAUGUAUAGUUAAAUAAAGUCAUUUAAAUAGCGUGACAAACUCCAGAAUAAGUGCAAAAAAUUCCUUAAAAAUAAAUAAAUUCUAUUAUGUCCUUCAAUUUCUUCAAUAUUUCAUUUGACUUGCUCUCUCUCUCUCUCUCUCUCUCUCUCUCAAAGGGAGAGAAAUGUGUCUACGCACUCAAUGAGGUAAUAAUGUAAAGAAUCAAACAAGCCUUCACUUUAUCAUGCACUGAAUGGUGACAAUUACUUGCUUAUUGGUUUGGUACUCGUCAUGAAGCCACUGUUAUAUUUUAAGCAAGUUCACUUUUAAAAAUCAUUUCUUAGAACAAAACAACAACAGAGAAUGGACCAGGUGUCCAGCCUCACUCUAAAGUAAAGUUCCCCUUUCAUUCAUUGCUAUGUACGGGACCAGGUGUCCAGCCUCACUCUAAAGUUCUCCUAUCAUUCCUUGCUAUGUACGGGACCAGGUGUCCAGCCUCACUCUAAAGUUCUCCUUUCAUUCUUUGCUAUGUACUGGACCAGGUGUCCAGCCUCACUCUAAAGUUCUCCUUUCAUUCCUUGCUAUGUACGGGACCAGGUGUCCAGCCUCACUCUAAAGUUCUCCUUUCAUUCAUUGCUAAGUACGUGACCAGGUGUCCAGCCUCACUCGAAAGUAAAGUUCUCCUUUCAUUCAUUGCUAUGUACGUGACCAGGUGUCCAGCCUCACUCUAAAGUAAAGUUCUCCUUUCAUUCAUUGCUAUGUACGUGACCAGGUGUCCAGCCUCACUCGAAAGUAAAGUUCUCCUUUCAUUCCUUGCUAUGUACGGGACCAGGUGUCCAGCCUCACUCUAAAGUUCUCCUUUCAUUCCUUGCUAUGUACGGGACCAGGUGUCCAGCCUCACUCUAAAGUUCUCCUUUCAUUCCUUGCUAUGUACGGGACAUACCCCGCACUCAGCCAUUGUGCAGGAGGUUUGCGUUAGGGUGUAUAUUAUCUUCAAUACUGAAACAUGUAAAACAUUUUACAAACAAAACAGGACAAAAAACUGAUAUGAAGUUCACCUUUGACUGAGCAAAUCUUAACGAAGGCAUUAUCUCUCCAUUAUAAAGAACAAAUAACAUACAUAUGCAUGUUGAUUUUUGUUUGUUGAAUAUAGACUUUGAGACUUACAAUUUUGUAACAAUAAUUGGAUUUAAUUGAUAAGAUAGGUAGCUCUGGAAGAAAUACUUUGUAUAUAUAACAUAUUCACUGACAGUAACAUGCCUAACUUAUUGACUGACAGUAACAUGUCUGACUUAUUGACAGACAGUAACAUGUCUGACGUAUUGACUGGCAGUAACACGUCUGACUUAUUGACUGGCAGUAACACGUCUGACUUAUUGGAUGGCUGCCUGGUCGUGCGGUUUGCUCGCUAGACUGUCGUUCGGAUUUAUAGACGGUCGAGGGUUCAAACCCUGUCCGCUCCCAUCCCCCGUCGUCCUGCGGGAGGUUUGGACUAGGAAGUAACUAUCUUCAACUCUGAAGGAACAUCCGAAACAUGUAAAACAAACAUUGACUGGCAGUAACACGUCUGACUUAUUGACUGAAAGUAACACGUCUGACUUAUUGACUGAAAGUAACACGUCUGACUUAUUGACUGAAAGUAACACGUCUGACUUAUUGACUGAAAGUAACAUGUCUGACUUAUUGACUGAAAGUAACAUGUCUGACUUAUUGACUGAAAGUAACACGUCUGACUUAUUGACUGACAGUAACAUGUCUGACUUAUUGACUGACAGUAACACGUCUGACUUAUUGACUGACAAUAACACGUUGUUGAUUUUAUCAUUGCAAUUAUCAUAUCUUUACCUUGACAGUAUUAUCAAAUAUUUAUUAUUUUUAUUACACAUCAUGAGACUAGUGUGUGUGGGUGUAUACUAGUGUAAGUGUGUGGGCCUGUGUGCAUGUGUGUUUCACGUUGUUGUCAUAUUUCGCCUAAAAUUUAUUUGUAAUUAUGUCUCUGGUAUAUACGAUCGUAUUUAAGCAAUAACAUUAAAUCAACCCUCUGUAGACAAUGGCCUGGUCUGUGUCCGCUGUGGCGAAGUAUUAGGUUACUGCUGGGUCUACAUGACCAUGUCCAACUCUGCACUUUUCACCACUUUUAUAUAACGACUAUUUGUUUCAAGAGUGCUUCUCCUUAUUAUGCGCACACACUGACACAAAGACUCCA